AUGGCUACGGCCAAAAGUACAUUUUCAGCUUACGAUCACACAAUUCCAUCAGUGUCUGAUGAUUCGACAUUAUCAACACAAAACCAUCGAUCCUUUACUAAUAAUACAAAUUCUUCUCAUCCGCGACCUGGUCAACAUUUAGAUGAUGCGGAUUUACUUGCUUGGAAACGACAGUAUGCAAAUAUUAGCUUAAGAGAAAAAAAUGCGAUGUCUAAUUCAGCUGAUGAUUUAUCACAAAUUAUUGAUCAUAUUCCUUAUCAAUUUGAAGUAUUUGAUCAAGAUUAUAAUGAUAUGGAUGAUGAUGAAAUACAUUUUGAUAAUGGAAAUAAUUAUGAUUAUGAAACUGCUAUUCAAGAAAGACUUAAAAAAGCUAAUCAAGAAUUUGAACAUGACGAAACACCAUCUGAAUUAAAACAUCGACAACGUGUUUCAUUUGAUGCUGUUGUAAAAGCAGUUGAUAUUAUUCAGGACCCACAAGAACAUGAGAAUACAGAUUCUUUAGCUAAACCAUCUGCUUCACCUGUUGCUGAAGAGUCAUCAAUUAGUGCAACUAGCCCAGAAAAUGAAAAUAAUUCACUCGAGUAUACUGUACCACUUAAUGAUACAGAACCAAAAGAAGGUCCAACAUUAUUACAACAACUUAAAGCAAUGCAAUUUCAUGGUGUCCCACCGACUGGUGAACGAUGGUCAUCAACAAAUCCAAAUAGAACUAAUAGUUCAUCAACACGAGAAGAUUUAUCAUCAUUAAAAUCAAAAUCAAACAAUAAUACUGAUAUUCAUGAUACUUCUGAUAUGACAACAAAAUCAUCAUCCUCAUCUAAAAAAUCAAUGGUUGUUGCUAUUAAUGGUGGAUUUGAGUUACAAAAUGAAGAUGAUUAUACAGCCAAAGAUUCAACAGAAAGACGUCGACAUGAACUCGAUAGUGAUGAUGAUGACGAGUACGAUGAUAAAAAUAAAAAAACUUCGUCAGAAAAUACAAAAACUAAAUUUGGUUCAACAAGACCAACAGAAGCAAAACAAUCAAAAGAUCCAUUUAAACCUCAAACACCUAAUCGUCCUUCUUCAUCAUCAACUAGACCUAAAUCAUCUGAUAGUGGAAAACGAACUAUCAAUUCUAAUAGCACAACAUCAAAGUCAGUAUCUGAUAAUAAAAAUAAAUCGGCAACAAAUGAUGAACGAAGAGCCAAAAGUGCGGGUGUUUCAAGAUCUUUAGAACCAUUGAAUACUACACUACCAAAUGUUCUUACAUAUGAACAACGUUGUCAAAAAGCAGCUGAAAAAAAACAAGCGGAAUUACGGGAGGAACGCCGCAAGAAAAAAGAAGCUGAAGAAAAACGAAAAGCUGAAUUAGCUGAAGCACAAACAAGAUUUGAAGAAUGGAUACGUGAUAAAGAUGCUGAACGUAGAAGAUUCAAUGAAGAAAAACGUAUGGAAAACGAAGAACGAGAAGCUCGUCGAAUGAAAUCUGAAACAGAAUUAGAAGAGUUACGAGAAAAAAAAUAUAAGGAAUGGAUUCAACGUAAAAAUCGAGAAGUAACGGUUGCAAAUGAAUUUAAAAAAUUACAAGCUGAAGAUGAAGAAGCAAUGGCAUCCAGUGGAUCGUCUUCAUCGAUUCAUAAUGCUAAUCCUCGAAACGAUCAUCGAGCAUUUAAUCGUUGGCUUCGUCGAAAAUACGAACAAUCAAAAGAAGAAAAACGACAAUUACGUCUCGAAGCUCGACGUUUACGUCGUCUUCAACGUCGUUCAAUAAAACGGUUUCGACUUCAACAAGAUCUUCAAUUGGCUAAAUCAUUCGGAUAUUCAUGA